UUGAUUACAUACACGAUUAAUUACACGAGCUUUGUUUGUUUUAAACUCACCACAUUUAUGAUUACAGUUUUCCUUCUUCUUCUCAUCAGUUUCUCUUCAUGAUGAAACCAGCCCGAGGGUCUGGAAGGGCCUCCACAUGGGGCCCCAGAGGAGCCACAGACAGGAACACACACAAGACUGAUAAAACGUCCAAACCCAGAGCUGAAGGCCCACAUCCGGAGCCGUCGAACAAACACAGCGCGAUGUCUGGAAAGAGUAAGAGUAAGGGAAACUGGAAGCCGCUGACCAAAUCUUCCCUGCUGGCUCUGGAGAACAUGCUCGGUUUGUCCAUGCUGUCUGUACUGGCAUUGAAAAGCAAAGAAAAAGAAGAAUCGCAGAAGCAUCUCAACCUCCUCAAAGAUCAGUUCCUGGUUAAGUGUGCACAGCUUUCUGUUCCUCCGAGGAGGCAUGGAGACAUUAUGCACGUGUCCCAUCAGUUCAAAGCAGAGAGGACGAAGUCCGAGCACGGCAGGAAGACGCUUGAGGCUCUAGAGGAGAACAUGAGUUCGAUUGUUAGCACUCUGGAGGUGAUGGAGGUGCGGAUGGAUGGUUUGGAGGAGAAAUGCAGGAUAAUGAGACGCAAACUAGAAGAGGAAGAGGACAAGGCACAUGAGUUUCUGCAGCUGUCAGAACAGACGGUCCUGCGUCUUCCCGCUUUACCGUCUCUACAGCCGACACUACAGGAGCACCUCAUGAAGAUCGUCCCCAAUCCGCCGGCGGUGGUUCGAGCGCUUCAGAAGGCCCCUGUCCUCGAGGAUGUGAGGGCCUUUCUGGAGCUCGCACAUAAACAGGUGGAUGCAGUGCAAGCAGCUCAUAGAGACACAGCCCUGGACUGACUAAACUUUACACGCAGACGACGGCUGAUAAACAAAAUAACUGCUUGUUUAUUUGAAAAUGACAAGUUUGCAUUGAGAACUAGACACAGAAAUGACAUUCCUUUCAUGCAUUAAUGCUGCAAUAUCAAGCGCUGGAAUUCAGUUUGCACUUUCAGUUUGAAAACUUUCUAUGUAAGGUACAUUACUACUGCAUAAUAGUAGUUAUGCUAAAUUUAAGCCUUAAAUUACCAGAAAGCCUUUAAUUUGCUCUUAAGUUCCUAAAAUGCAAGUGCUACAAUGCAACGCAAUUAAAUCCUAGAUUAAAACAAUCAUAUCAGUUA